AAUUAAAUAAGCAUAAUAGACAUGUUCGAUCAGUCUGUUUUUCUCCUAACGGUAUUAGAUUAUAAUCUGGUAGUGUAGAUUACUCUAUUGAUUUAUGGGAUGUUAAAACAGGAUAAUCAAAAUCAAAAUUAGAUAGUCAUUCAAGGGAGGUUGUACUACAUUAGCAUCUGGUAGUAAUGACAACUCUAUCCGUUUAUGGGAUGUUAAAGAAGGAAAUUAAAUCCAAACAUCAGAACUUGCUACAAAAGAUAUUCUAGCAUGAUUUUAACGUCCAAUAAUUAGAAAUCAUUUAUUCCAGAAAGCAGUAGUUAUUUUUCACGAUUCUUUUGUACUUCUAUUAUAGCAAUCUUAAGAAUUUCAUCACAGUUUAGAAGAAUAAGGAGCUUUAAUUUUCAAAGGAGAUUUUUUAAAUUAUUAGGGAAUAGAUUUGA